AUGAGCCAGAGUUACGCAAUAGAUUGCCUUUUGGAACCAGUUUUUUGGUUUGUCGAUAACUUUGCCGGAUAUUUAGGAAGGGUAUUUGUAUUUUGUGUGAGUAUACUUACUACUGCAGUGGUUUUCAUAGCUUACUGGGUGGGUCUGCCGUAUUGGUGGGAGAAGAGUCAAUGUGUGACAAUUGCUUUAGUUAUAUUUGGUAACUGGAUUUUGCUCAAUAUUAUCUUUCAUUAUUAUAUGGGAGUGAAAACCUCCCCUGGAUACCCACCUCAUGGUUCUUUAAUAUCAGAAGCUGCAAGUAUAUGUAAGAAAUGUAUAUCUCCGAAGCCACCUAGAACUCACCACUGUUCAGUGUGUGACCGCUGCAUUCUCAGGAUGGAUCAUCACUGUCCCUGGCUUAAUAACUGCGUGGGCUUCUACAAUGCAAGAUAUUUUUAUUUAUACAUGGUGUAUAUGGUGAUGGGCGUUACAUUCUUGAUUGUGUUUGGUAUUGAUUUGGGCUACCAAGUCCUUUGGGUAAAUGAUACAGGUGGUUUAAUAUCUGAAAACGAUCCAGAUCUUAUUGGCCAUCCAGUUCGUAUGAACCAGAGCGGAGUAUUGGUUCCAGUACAAGUUAUAGCUGAAUAUGAUUCUGUGAAUUUCCCUCGCAACCAUAUACUUCCGACCCCAGUUAUUACCGAGGCUCAAAGGAUAACAGCUAACUCAUGGAAAAGGAAAGCGGUUAUGUUCAUGGCUAUGAUAUGUUUGUCAGUGUUAUUUGCUCUUGGUACACUAGUCGUAAUGCAUGGAAAGAACAUUAGCAGAGGUGAAACCAGUAUAGAAGCUCAUAUAAAUGAGAGACUAAGAAAGACACAUAAAAAUAAAUUCAUUAAUCCAUAUAAUUUUGGGAGGAAGAAGAAUUGGAAGUUGUUUCUUGGUUUGACUCAAGGUAGGAAAUUUUGGAGACAUGUUUUGUUGCCAUCCAGUCAUGCCCCCGCGGGUACUGGCCUUACUUGGCACACCAUACAUAAUUCCUCGGAAGAUUGGCCCUGA